AUGCCAUUGACAACACAAGUUCAAGCUGUCAGUGUUGACCGCCUGACAUACCGCUCGACCAUCCCAUUCGAGGCAGCCGAGUCUCGCCUCCGCUCGUCGAUCCAGAAAGAUCCCAGAUGGUCCCAGUUCCAGGACAAACCGGGUUCUCGGCCUGCGGACAGAGAGUCGUUCGAAGCCUUCAUCACGGCUCAAGUCGGGCCUCACGGCUUCAUGUACUUCAAUGAAUACAACCACGGCGCGUGGCUACCUCUAUACGACCCGCCUACAAUAAAGGCUGCCGAUGCAAAUGGGGGGACGAAGAAACUGAGAGCCGUCAGAUUCAUUCUGGGCAAUCCACUGAUCGCAAUCACGAUGCUCCGCCAUGAUCUAGAUGCCGGUCUGUCCGUCCCUGUCGAGCUGUAUCUUGUCGAGGAGGCCAACGGCACGAGGGUCGUGUGGUUCAGGCCGAGUGGUCUUGUCGCUGGAUAUGAGGGCGCCGGUGUUGAGUUGGUGGAAGCCGCCAAAGCAUUGGACGCGAAGCUCGAGAAGCUCGUCAGGUGGGUUCUGAGUGAGAGCCUUGAAAGCCACGCGUAG